AUGGGACAUUGGAGGAAUCUCUUUACCGCCGAUCCUGGCAGGACGCGGCAUCGCAUCCAGGUGGAACGUCGUCGACUGCUACCUGCCUAUGCUGCUGAUGAGCCUCACGCCUCUGGUGCUUCAAAGGAACUUGCCAAAGUUGCUCUUCGGUUGAAAUAUCAAAUUGAGCAGGUUGUCUCAUGCGAAGUGAAGGAUAAAUUCUUGACCGACCCAAAUAGCCGCAUCAUCACGGACGAUGUGGUUGCGACAGCCAUGAAGGCUGGGGGAGAUGAAUACAAAGCAUGCGUUGUUUAUUGUCUUUUAGUUUGUCUGCGAUGGUUCAAGAUUCAAGCCUCCGUCGAGCUCUGGGAUUCCGAUCUUCACGAGGUUCGGGCUGUGGCUUGCGAGGUCAUCGCCAAGCGCAUAAUCGAAUCGGAGCCGGACCAAGAUUACGUGCUGAAGGAUAUCUUGCUCAAGCGGUACUCCAUCUUCAGUGAAGGAGUAGAGACUGAUCCCGCCAAUGUCAUUGAACGAUCGGUAGAUCUCCACGCCUUGAAAAUCAUCAGCUCUGCCCCGUACCAGAGAUGUAUCCUGUACCUGUGGAGGGGUUGGAUCUGUCAGGAAGAGGGCAACCCAACUAACUUUGUCGAAUACAGCGAGAAGGCUAACACUAACUAUUGGGUUCAUUUCCAUCCUGACCGGAUGCGAACUCCUCUGUAUCAGAAUGUCUGCCAAAUUUUGUUUUCUUUGGUUUACCUUGCGGUUUAUACGGCGGUCAUCAAUACCGUGAACCCAACCGGUGACGUGGAUGUGGCUGAGGGCAUUCUUUACGGUAUGACUGUUGCGUUCAUCUGCGACGAAGGGCUCAAGUUUUGGAAGGUUGGAUGGAAUUACCUCGAAUUCUGGAAUGCCUUCAACUCAACCCUCUACACUAUCCUGAUCGUGUCACUUGCCAUGCGGUUUAUUGCCUUGGCACACUCAACAUCUGCCAACGAUGAACAAAGGCGGCUAUACAACGAGCUCAGCUAUAACUUCUUGGCAUUUGCGGGCCCUAUGUUCUGGAUGCGCAUGAUGCUAUACCUUGACUCGGUCCGCUUCUUCGGUGCUAUGUUUGUGGUCCUUCGGGUCAUGAUGAAGGAGAGCUUGAUAUUCUUUGCUCUUCUAUUUGUGGUGAUGGCUGGUUUCUUCCAGGCCUUCGUCGGCAUGGCCCAAGUGGAUGACGACUAUCCCCUUCACCGAAACAUUCUCCAGGGAAUGGUGAACAGUAUCAUGCAGAGUCCUGAGUUCGACACUUUCCAGGAGUUUGCAUUUCCCUUUGGCAUCAUCCUCUACUAUGUUUUCAACUUCAUUGUCAUGACUGUUUUGUUGAAUAUUCUCAUUGCCUUGUACAACAGCGCAUAUGAAGAUAUCUCGGGAAAUGCCACGGACGAAUACAUGGCCAUCUUUGCGCAGAAAACCAUGCAGUUCAUCCGCGCCCCAGAUGAAAAUGUCUUCAUCCCGCCAUUCAAUCUCAUUGAGAUUCUGUUUCUAAUAGCCCCAUUCGAAUGGUGGCUUUCGCGGAACGCAUACGCAAAGCUGAAUGAAUUUGUAAUGGGUGUGAUCUAUUCGCCUCUGCUUAUCUUUGCGGCCUGGGUUGAGACCAGUCGGGCACGCCAGAUUCAAUGGAAUCGACGCCAUGGCGAAGCAGACGAUGAAUAUGCUCAGGAAUGGGAGCAUGUGGCCACAGAGGUCAACUUUGAUCUUGAUGAUACUUGGAAAGAGCAGGUCGUGGAGUCCAUGCCGGAUAUCAAGCUUGAUAAUUGUACAUAUGAACUCAGGGAGCUGAAAGAGCAGGUUAGAAUGUUGACGGAGAUGGUGAAGGAGUUGAAUCGGGAGGUGGAAGGUGGCUUCAUCAACAAAUCUGGGCAUUUCCUCGAUUGGAUACUAUCAUUGCUUUCGGAAUUCACUCUGACCGCGGUCACUAGAUUGCCACCAUGUACGUUACCAGAAGCUCCCCCCGAUUCUUUGCGGCUACAGCUAACAGUAUACAGGGCAAAGCUCGUGGACGAUCCUCAGAUCCAUACUGCUUCGUUGCAUAACCCGAUCCCUUGGCAAUUACACACAUACGUCUGGCCUUUCAUAAUCAUCUGGCCCGUGUUCUUCGCCUUCUACCUCUCCCCCGAGCGCUAUGAUACAUAUAUUCAGGGACAGGAAUGGACCUUCGUGUUCGCGGGGUCUAUCAUCACAAUCCAGUCGCUCUUUUGGUUGAUGACCAAGUGGAACAUUGAUAUAAACACUCUAUUCACUACCAUUCGAGCCAAGUCCAUCGAUACUGCCCGGCUUAUCAAAGUGGUUCCCAUCACUAACGCUGGCUCUGCCGAGAUCUGCAAAUUGAUUAAUGAGAACACCGGCACGAAGAAGACACUUUCAUUCCUCUUCCAGAAGCGCCGCUUUCUCUUUUACCCUGAGACUCGUACCUUCGCACCCUUGUCUUAUGUCCUUGACGCCGAACCAAAGCCCGCCCUUGAGACUUUCCAGCUGAGCGAGGGCUUCACGUCGAAGGCCGAGAUUGACCGCGUCUACAACCACUAUGGCGAUAACACCUUUGAUAUCCCGGUUCCCGGUUUCCUUGAACUCUUCCAGGAGCAUGCUGUCGCGCCGUUCUUCGUCUUCCAGAUUUUCUGUGUUGGAUUGUGGAUGUUGGAUGAAUAUUGGUACUACUCGCUCUUCACGCUCUUCAUGCUCGUUAUGUUUGAGAGUACCGUUGUGUGGCAGCGCCAGAGGACCUUGAGCGAGUUCCGUGGAAUGAGCAUUAAGCCUUACGAUGUCUGGGUGUAUCGUGAACGGAAAUGGCAAGAGAUCACUAGUGAUAAGCUUCUUCCCGGUGACCUCAUGUCAGUGAACCGCACCAAGGAGGACAGCGGCGUUGCGUGUGAUAUUCUUCUGGUCGAAGGCAGUGUCAUUGUAAACGAGGCUAUGCUUUCUGGCGAGAGCACACCUCUGCUGAAAGACUCUGUCCAGCUCCGUCCUGGCGGUGACUUGAUUGAGCCGGAAGGAUUGGAUAAGCUCUCGUUUGUGCAUGGAGGUACCAAGGUCCUUCAAGUUACUCACCCUAAUCUCACUGCCGACUCGGACUUGAAGAACUUGUCCAACAACGUUACCAUGCCCCCAGACAAUGGUGCUUUGGGUGUGGUUGUUAAGACUGGUUUCGAAACUAGCCAGGGUAGCCUCGUCCGGACCAUGAUCUACUCAACUGAACGUGUCUCUGCCAACAAUGUUGAAGCUCUGUUGUUCAUCCUCUUCCUCCUGAUUUUCGCAAUUGCCGCUUCGUGGUACGUGUGGCAAGAGGGUGUGAUCCAGGACCGCAAACGCUCCAAGCUUCUGCUCGACUGUGUCCUCAUCAUCACUAGUGUUGUUCCUCCCGAAUUGCCUAUGGAAUUGAGCUUGGCUGUAAACACUAGUCUUGCUGCUUUGAGCAAGUAUGCCAUUUUCUGCACCGAGCCUUUCCGUAUCCCCUUCGCCGGUCGUGUUGACAUCGCUUGCUUUGACAAGACCGGAACCCUGACUGGAGAGGACCUUGUCGUUGAUGGUAUUGCUGGACUCGGUUUAGGUGAGGCUGGUUCGAAGGUUGAAGCUGAUGGUGCUCAGACCGAAUUGGCCAAUCCCUCUGCUGCUGGACCCAACACCACUCUCGUUCUCGCCAGUGCUCACGCAUUGGUGAAGCUGGAUGAGGGUGAGGUCGUCGGUGACCCUAUGGAAAAGGCUACAUUGGAAUGGCUUGGCUGGACUCUGGGAAAUAACGAUACUCUGUCUUCCAAGGGCAACACCCCCGUUGUCGCCGGUCGCAACGUCGAAUCCGUUCAAAUCAAGAGAAGAUUCCAGUUCUCCUCGGUUCUGAAACGCCAGAGUACCAUCGCGACCAUUACUACCAAUGACCGCAAGACUUCCAAGAAGAUCAAGUCCACAUUUGUGGGUGUCAAGGGUGCCCCAGAGACCAUCAACACUAUGCUGGUCAACACACCUCCCAACUACGAGGAAACCUACAAGCACUUCACCCGCAAUGGUGCCCGUGUGCUGGCUCUUGCCUACAAGUAUCUUUCAUCCGAAACUGAACUUUCUCAGGGCCGCGUGAACAACUACGUCCGCGAAGAGAUCGAAUCCGAGCUAAUUUUUGCCGGUUUCCUUGUCCUGCAGUGCCCCUUGAAGGAUGAUGCUAUCAAAUCUGUCCGUAUGCUAAAUGAGAGCAGCCACCGUGUUGUUAUGAUCACUGGUGAUAACCCAUUGACUGCUGUCCAUGUCGCACGCAAGGUUGAGAUUGUUGAUCGUGAAGUUCUCAUCCUUGAUGCUCCUGAGCAUGACAACUCUGGAACCAGGAUUGUCUGGCGCACCAUUGAUGAUAAGCUCAAUAUCGACGUCGACCCCACUAAGCCCCUGGACCCGGAGAUCCUGAAGACUAAGGACAUCUGUAUCACUGGAUAUGCUCUCGCAAAGUUCAAGGGCCAGCAGGCUCUCCCUGUUCUGCUCCGUCACACUUGGGUUUAUGCUCGUGUGUCUCCUAAGCAAAAGGAAGACAUUCUUCUUGGUCUUAAGGACGCUGGAUACACCACCCUGAUGUGCGGUGAUGGUACCAACGAUGUCGGCGCUCUGAAGCAGGCUCACGUCGGUGUCGCGCUUCUGAACGGCUCGCCAGACGAUCUAACCAAGAUCGCUGAACACUAUCGGACCACUAAGAUGAAGGAGCUGUACGAGAAGCAGGUUAGCAUGAUGCAAAGAUUCAACCAACCCGCCCCUCCAGUCCCUGUUCAAAUCGCUCACCUGUAUCCCCCUGGUCCUUCCAACCCAAACUACGAGAAAGCCAUGGAGCGGGAGUCGCAGCGCAAGGGUGCCGCGAUCACCGCUGCCGGCGGAACCCCCGAGGCUAUCCCAACCAUCACAUCUCCUGGCGCUCAGGCCUUGCAGCUAUCGAACUUGACCCCCCAGCAGCAGAAACAGCAGAAGGCCCAGGCUGCCGCAGCUGGCCUUGCAGACAAGCUUACAUCUUCUUUGAUGGAACAGGAGCUGGAUGAAAGUGAGCCUCCCACUAUCAAGUUGGGUGAUGCAUCAGUCGCUGCUCCCUUCACUAGCAAGUUGGCCAACGUUAUUGCUAUCCCGAAUAUUCUUCGUCAAGGUCGUUGCACCCUGGUUGCGACUAUUCAGAUGUACAAGAUUCUUGCUUUGAACUGCUUGAUCAGUGCGUACAGUCUGAGUGUCAUCUAUUUGGAGGGUAUUAAGUUCGGUGAUGGACAGGUCACCAUCAGCGGUAUGCUGAUGAGUGUCUGCUUCCUUUCUAUUUCCCGCGCCAAGUCUGUCGAGGGUCUGUCUAAGGAGCGCCCGCAGCCGAAUAUCUUUAACGUCUACAUCAUUGGAUCUGUUCUUGGACAGUUUGCCAUUCACAUCGUGACUCUGAUCUACCUCUCCAACUAUGUCUAUAAGCACGAGCCGAGAGAUUCCAAUAUCGAUCUCGAGGGCGAGUUUGAGCCUUCCCUCCUGAACAGUGCCAUCUACCUUUUGCAGUUGAUCCAGCAAAUCUCCACUUUCUCGAUCAACUACCAAGGCCGUCCUUUCCGCGAGUCAAUCCGCGAGAACAAGGGCAUGUACUGGGGUCUCAUUGCCGCAUCGGGUGUUGCAUUCUCCUGCGCCACCGAAUUCAUCCCCGAGCUAAAUGAGAAGCUGCGCCUCGUACCCUUCACCAAUGAGUUCAAGGUGACUCUGACCGUGCUGAUGAUCUUCGACUACGGUGGCUGCUGGUUGAUUGAGAACGUUCUCAAGCACCUGUUCAGUGAUUUCCGUCCUAAGGACAUUGCUCUUCGUCGUCCCGACCAGCUUAAGCGCGAGGCGGACCGUAAGUUGCAAGAACAAGUGGAGGCAGAGGCUCAGAAGGAGCUGCAAAUAAAGAACUAG